UCGGUAGCGUUUCGACAAGACGCUUAUAUAUCUAGAUACGGAAACAUGAAAAUCAUGACAUGUUCGUGGUUGCGAUUUCUAGCUUUGAUUAACAUAAUCAAAGUGUUUCUUAUUUAUUCUGUCAAAGAAACGCUCUCCAACGAACAAGACGAGACGCACGUUUUACCUCUUGAAUGGAAUGAAUAUGAUGCAAAUCGAUGGAAUUCAUUCGAACGUUGGAGAUUCAACAGUCCGAGGGGAAGAGAGCACGCAAGAGCAACGUCUGCUCUUAGAGAAGAAAAUGACCAAACGCCAAGAGAAGUGAUGGUGAUAUAUGGAGGAAUACUCUGCAAUGGUGACGAUACAACGUGGACGUAUGACCCUCACUUCAAUAUUUGGGAGGCACACAGAUCUGCAUCCCCUCAACCGCAAGCGACCGUCUAUCACACACUGGUGACACUGUGCCAGAGACGAGUACUGCUCUUUGGAGGUUGUGCGUAUUCGCACUCACGCCACUCUCAAUGCAGCAACGAAACUUGGAGUUUCGAUACAAACCUGAAUAAGUGGAAACGAAUUGAAACAAAGAUUCAUCCUCGUCAUAAUGACGACUACGUCACUCCUCGAUGCAGACAUGCUGCUGCUGUUUUACGUUAUGAUAAUAGCUCGUGCAGUUGCAAGGAUUCGCUCGUCAUUUACGGUGGAUUUGAGAAAAGGUCAUACACUUGGACUUCAGACUCUCGAGAAAAUCUGCACGAUCUUUGGCAGCUCAUUUGCAAAGACGAACAUUUGCACGUCUACGAAUGA